AUGCAACACUCCAUUCAAUGUGCCGCAUGUGUUGACCAGGCGCACCACACUACCAUAAAGCGGAGGAGCACAAUGCGUUAUUGGGAUGAUGGUGUGGAAGGAGUUGAUGAGUGUAGAUGGCUGUGGUGUGAGGGGAUGCGCAAACGACUGACAGGCAGAGAGAAGGCAGGAGUGGAGGCAGCAGCAGCGGCAGCAGCAGCGGCAGCAGCAGCGGCAGCAGCAGCAGUUGUGACGUCACCGUUUGGUGUCACCACAUGGGCGGCACACCAGGUGGGAGAGGUAAUGGAAUGGAAACACGUGCGAAGUCAUGACUGCACCCCCAUGCGUGUCGACCCCGACACAGCACGAGGCGGUUACACUCGUCAACGGUUUUGCCAGGAUAACCAACCUUCAACCACAUCUGUAGGAUGGUUUGCGAGCGAGACGGUGGUGGCUCUCACGUGGCUUAGGAGACACACAAUGAACAAUCUGGAGACAUAG